AUGUUCUCUAAAGAUUUUACAAGUAAAGAGUCAUUCUUAGAACAAACAAAAGCUGCUCGGGAAGAGCGAGCUUUGGAAAAGAAACGAGAAGCUUCAGUAGUAAAAAUCCAGGCUCUUGUACGGGGCUGGUUACAGAGACAGAAGUUCGUCAAGAUAAUUUUAAAUGAAUUUGAUGAAUUACUACUACAAGCAUCAGAUGGUUCUCAUGAUGAUACACUAAAAUCUACUGAACUCCUUCCUGCACUAUCUGUGUUCAAGUCAUCUUGUCGUUUAUUAAUUGUGUUUGAUGUUGAAAGAGACAGAAAAAGAUUUGAAAAACUUUGCAAAUAUAUCACCAAUAGUCUACAUUCGGAGUCCAUUAAAUUGUCUUAUGUUGGAGUUUUUCUUAAUAAGGAGUACAGUUUAAGAUGGAUAUCACAUAUAAAAGAUGUUCUGUUUAAAUGUUGUCAAUACCUUGAACAGCUUAAACCAGAAUCUCCCAUGGAUAUGCAGAGCAUUCUUAUUCAUCUCCAUACACUACUUGCCUACACUGGGAGCAGCACAUGGGCACUGACGCGCCUUAAAAACUUUGAAAAGUUAAGAGGCGGCAUGAAUCAACUCUGUGCUAAUGUCAUGGGAUCACUGUUUCAUAAAGGAUAUUACUUAACCUUAAAAUCGUUAUUGUUGCGUGGUCUGUGUCGGGAAAAAGUGUUCCUCAAGAAUAUUUCCUUAACCGCCAUAGUGACAUUAUCACUGCGACCACUUAUAUCAGCACAAUUUUCCGAGAAACUACUCACAAUGUACAUAAUCCAGAUUUUGUCAGUUCCAACACUAGUCUAUCAAAUGCAGCAACUUUCUCCUGAAUCAAUAGCAGCAUAUAGAACUCAUUCAAUGUUCGAUAAAAGCAUAGAGUUUUUGAGCACCGGUCAAAACAUGCGUAUUGUAUUCAAUACAUUAGAAGGGAACUAUGCACUUUGUCUUCUUGGAAACCUCAUACAGUUGGCACACUUAGAAAAAGAUCAUGCUAUGAAGGAAACUUAUUACCCUGCAUUCAUAUUAGUAUCUACACGUUUCUUAGACUCAUGCCAGCAAUAUGUCGUGUGCAAGAAAGGAAAUCUUAGCAACUGGCAUCCAAUCUUGGGAUGGUUUUCACAAAGCUUGGACGCGUACUUGCCUCAUGCUAUGACCAAUCUGAGAAAUCAGUUAUCUUUGUUAUGGGGAACUCAGUUACUCAAUAAAAUCCUAGCUGUUCCUCUAAAAGAGAUGUUAGAUGCUGGUAUUACAGCUGAAGAGGGCGCUGGGCCGUCACAGCCAUCUACUCCAGUGCAAAGUAAUAAUCCUGCUGCAUUUAUAAGGAGAGCUAUUGAGGCUAGGACCAACAGGUCCAAUUCAAGCAAAAACUUUAGAAAAUUAGGAUCGCCGGAUUGCACGAAAGCUGCGUUAAUCUGUUCUAUGUACCAAACUGCUUUGCAAACUAUGACUCAAGUGAAACUAGAUAUUCUAACAGGGUUAAGCAAUCAGGAGAAUAUAUUGUAUUCAUUAUGGCAAUUUCUCUGUACUUUGGGACCAAACUGUGGAUUGAAAUCCUACCUCGAUUUGUUAGCCGUUAACACAAAGACCUCGGCUCCAGAAUUUCAAAUGUUGGUGCUAUUUGCGGACUGCAUGACUCAUUAUGUUACAAUUUUAGAUGAUAUGGAAAUGUAUGAGAAACAGGAUCCUUUUAAACUGCAAGAUUUCAUAAAUAUGUCACAGUUCCUGAAUAUGUUUGUCUACAAAACGAUAAUGGGACAGCUUUUUGAUCUCAAAACAAUCCAAAGUAAUGAUUUAUUUAAUUCGCUGCACACGCUACUGCUGGUGCUGUACCGUCGCGACUGCCGGCGCUCGUACACGCCCGCCCACCACUGGCUCGUUAAGGAGAUACGGGAGGGGCAGUUCAUGUCCGAUCUGGAGAAGGGCAAGAAACCGCAGCAGAUGCUAGUACAAAAGACUCCUCACAUGAUCGCUCACGGAGAAAGGGUCCGAUUGUUCCGGAGGGCUGUCGCUGAUGAAAAGGUGGUGCUGGGGCUGACGGAGAGCGCGUGCGGCGGGCGCUCGACGCUGGUGACGGUGCGGCGCGCGCGGCUGGUGGAGGACGGCUACCGGCAGCUGGCGGCGCUGCCGUCCCGCGCGCUGCGGGGCUGCGUGCGCGUGCGCUUCAUCAACGAGCAGGGACUCGACGAGGCCGGCAUCGACCAGGACGGCGUGUUCAAGGAAUUUCUCGAAGAAACAAUAAAACGCGUGUUCGAUCCAUCUCUGAACCUGUUCCGUGUGACGAGCGAGGAGCGCCUGUACCCGUCGCCGACGUCGUGUCUGCAAGAGAACCAUCUGCAACUCUUCGAGUUCAUCGGCAGGAUGCUAGGGAAGGCUGUUUAUGAGGGCAUCGUGGUGGACGUCCCGUUCGCGUCGUUCUUCCUGAGUCAAGUCCUGGGCCAGACCCAGCAGGCACUGUACAGCUGGAUCGACGAGCUGCCCUCCCUCGACCGCGACCUCUAUCGGAGUCUCACAUACAUCAAACACUUUCAGGGAGAUAUUUGUUCGCUAGAGCUGACGUUCUCCGUGGACGAGGAGCGUCUGGGAGAAAUAGUGACGCACGAGCUGGUUCCGGGUGGUAAAGGCAUCCCCGUCACCAACGAGAACAAAAUAAACUACAUUCACCUGAUGGCUCAUUUCCGGAUGCACAUGCAAAUCAAAGACCAGACGAACGCUUUCAUCAAAGGGUUCAGAACCAUUAUCAACCCCGAGUGGCUCUCAUUGUUCUCCACCCCAGAGCUGCAGCGGCUGAUCAGCGGCGACAACGUGCCCCUGGACCUGCGCGACCUGCGCCGCCACACGCAGUACUACGGCGGCUUCCACGACUCGCACCGCGUCGUCUGCUGGCUGUGGGACGUGCUGCAGCGCGACUUCACCGAGCACGAGCGCGCCAUGUUCCUCAAGUUUGUGACGUCAUGCUCGAAGCCGCCUGUACUUGGAUUCGCCCAUCUAAAGCCCCCGUUCUCGAUACGGUGCGUUGAAGUUGGCGACGAUGAAGACACCGGAGACACCAUAGGCAGCGUGAUACGCGGCUUCUUCACCAUAAGGAAGAAGGACCCUUUGAACCGGCUGCCGACCUCGUCGACCUGCUUCAACCUGCUCAAGCUGCCCAACUACCAGAAGCGGAGCACGCUGCGCGACAAGCUGCGGUACGCGGUCAACAGCAACACCGGCUUCGAGCUGUCUUAGGGCGCGCUCGCGAUACAAACUGCAACACACUAGCGACCCGCCCUCGCCUCGCUUCGGAAACUGUAAUUUAUUAUUGAUUUCUCCACUAUUUAAUGGAUGCUAUUAUACAUAUAAACCUUCC